AUGGCGGCCCCCGGUGGCGCCCGGCGGCAGCCGCUGCUCCUGCUGUUACUCGGCCUUGUGUACAGUACAUCAGCAGUGUUCUUUGAGGUGAAGGAUGGCAACGGGACAGCUUGUAUAAUGGCCAACUUCUCUGCUGACUUCGUGACCAACUAUAAUACCCAGAGUGGCUCUAAGAAUUCGACCUUCACCCUGCCACCUACUGCAGAAGUAUUAAAUAGCAGCUCCUGCGGUAAAGGGAAUGCUUCUAACCCCAGUCUCAUGAUUGCUUUUGGAAAUGGACAUAUACUGACCCUCAGUUUCGCAAGAAAUGCUACACGUUACAGUGUCCAGAUGAUGCGUUUUGUUUAUAACUUGUCAGACACACAUAUUUUUCCUAAUGCAAGCUCCCAGGGACCCAAGACUGUAGAAUCCAUAACUGACAUCAUGGCGGACAUAAAUAAAAAAUACAGAUGUGUGAGCAGCAACCAGAUCCACAUGAAUAAUGUAACUGUCACAUUCAUUGAUGCCACCAUCCAGGCAUACCUUUCAACUGAUAGCUUCAGCAAGGAAGAAACUCGCUGCAUGCAAGAUAAACCUUCCCCAACAAUGUCGCCAACAUCUGCCCACCCUUCGUCAACCCCUCCCCACCCUUCACCAACAUCUGCCCACCCCUCAUCAUCUCCUCCCCACCCUACUCCUCCCCACCCUACUCCUCCCCACCCUUCCCCUCCCCACCCUUCCCCUCCCCACCCUUCACCACCCCCAGUGCCUGAGAGCCCCUCAGUGCACAAGUACAACGUGAGUGGCACCAACGGAACCUGCCUGCUUGCCAGCAUGGGGUUGCAGCUGAAUGUCACCUACAAGAAGAAGGACGACAAGACUAUGACCAGAGUAUUCAACAUUAACCCAAAUAACACCAAAGUGGGUGGGAGCUGCACUACCCAGCUGGUGACCCUGGAGCUCCAGAGUGAGACCAGCACUUUCCUUGCCUUCCAAUUUGGAAUGAAUGCGAGUUCUAGCCGUUUUUUCCUGAAAGAAAUCCAGUUGAACAUGACUCUUCCUGACGCCAAAGAGCCCUUCAAGGCUUCCAAUAACUCGCUGAGAGCACUCCAGGCCACUAUGGGGAAUUCCUACAAGUGCAAUGCCGAGGAGCACAUUUGGGUCACAGAUGCCUUUUCUGUCAACAUUUUCAAAGUGUGGGUCCAGGCUUUCCAGGUAGAAGGCGACAAGUUUGGGUCUGUGGAAGAAUGUCAGCUGGAUGAGAAUAACAUGCUGAUCCCCAUCGCCGUGGGCGGGGCCCUGGCAGGACUGGUCCUCAUCGUCCUCAUCGCCUACCUCAUCGGCAGGAAGAGGAGCCACGCUGGCUACCAGACGAUUUAG